CAGAGGAAGCAGCGCUCAGUAAAUGAGUUUUAUUAGCCCGAAGCGUAUGAAAACAUAGCAGCCAUUGUUAGCUUGUUUAUUUGGGAAGGUGAUUGCGGUUAAAAAAAAGAGAUGUCUGUGCUAGCUGCGUUUUAAAUGAUUGCGUGUUAUUCAGCUUGUUUAUACUAGCUAAUCAUAAUUUCCUGAUCUAUUAACGCUCACGCAGAAAAAGAGUUUUCCUUCUUUAGCACCCUUGGAUGUUCAGCGUGUCAGGAAGUGAGCCCACAGCCCCAUGUCUGCGGAGGCUUCAGUCGGCGGUCGUGAUGCCGACUCCGUCCGGUCUGCAGCGCCCCAGCCUGCCUGCCACAGCACAGAUGAGCGCAGAAAUCCGGGCCUGAUGGGCAGCAAGUACGUCAAGUUAAAUGUUGGCGGUUCGCUGCACUAUACGACCAUCCAGACGCUAAGCAAAGAAGACAGUCUUCUGCGAAGCAUUUGCACUGGAAUAACAGCUGCUACCAUAGACUCUGAAGGUUGGGUGGUUUUGGAGAGGUCUGGCCGACAUUUUGGACUGGUUUUGAACUUCCUUCGUGACGGUUCGGUACCACUUCCAGAAGACCACAGAGAACUUGAUGAGGUCCUAAAGGAGGCCCAGUACUACAGAGUACAAGGACUAGUCCAGCACUGCCUCAAUGCCAUGCAGAAACAACAGGAUAUUUUUGAAAGUGUGUGCCGCAUCCCAAUGAUCACAUCAGCCAAAGAAGAGCAGAAGAUGAUCGCUACAUGUAGAAAGCCAGUAGUCAAGCUCCAAAACAACAGGGGAAACAACAAAUAUUCUUAUACUAGCAACUCUGAUGACAACCUGCUGAAGAACAUCGAGCUGUUCGACAAACUUGUGCUCAGGUUCAACAACCGCGUCCUGUUUGUCAAAGACGUCCUCGGUGAUGAGAUCUGCUGUUGGUCUUUCUAUGGUGAAGGCCGCAAGAUCGCAGAAGUGUGCUGCACCUCCAUUGUAUACGCGACUGAGAAGAAGCAGACCAAAGUUGAGUUUCCUGAGGCGCGGAUAUUCGAAGAAACACUCAAUAUCCUCAUCUAUGAGAACAACCGAUCGGGUCCAGGAGACUUCCACCUUUUAGAUUCGAGAGGCUCCGGUUCAUCACUCGGAGCUGGCCAAUCAGAGGAGGAGGGUGCCGCGGGAGGGGACAGACGAGUGCGGCGGAUCCAUGUAAGAAGGCACAUAAUGCACGACGAAAGAGGACAUGGCCAGCAAACUGUGUACAAGGACUAACUGUGACAAAAAUACGGCAUGGAAAAGUUAUUCAAGAUGUUUUCUGGUAUGUUUGCAAAAUGAAAGAUGUUCUUAAUCAUAGCAAUAGUUCAGUCUUUACUUAUUUCAUGAAAUGUCUUUAAGCACACUUGCAGAGACCCAGUGGUUGACUGAUUUGUAAGUGAGGAGAGAGUUUGGUGAUGUUUACAACAAAAUAAUUUGCAUACUUUUUUUUUUUUUUCUCCCAACAGAAAGUGUGAAAAGUCAGCUGUGACUGAAACCGGUAGAAUAUUAUUUCACAUGUUAAAACCUCCCGCAUGUUACUGAAUGAGCCUCAAAACCCAUUUCUCUCGUAGAACCGGCCACCUGCCAUGGAUAUGGGUGUUAAUAGUUUGUACUGGCAGCUUUGUCUGUGUUGAAUAUGUAGGAAACAUUUAUCCAGGCUGUGAUACAUCUGGUUUCUCUGUUGGAGAAAGAUGGUACUGCUGAGCAGAGACUGACUGACAGAAGUCUGUGAAGUUGAGCCUCAACAUGUUAACACUGGAAUUAAAAAGAUAAGCCAUGUUUUCGGUGAGAUUGUUGAGCAGCUCAGUUUUCUGUGUUUAAAUUAUUAUAAAUGCUGCUUCAAGCUUUCUUUUUUUAAUUAAUUUAUAAACUUAAUUUAUUGUUUGGUAUUUAACUUUUGCAAAUGAAAUCAAUCUGUGUUACCUGAUGCUUGAGUGAGUUUGAAUUCUGCUGCUAUUAAGUGCACUCCUCUGCACUUAGCAGAUUGUGAAUUUGUUCGCCUAGAUUAAUACAACCUGAACUAUUUGCUUUAGUUCAGUGUUUAAAAAAAAAAAAAAAAGAGCUGUGACUGUUUUCUUUGCAUGUUUUCUGAGCCAUGUUCACACACUUUUGCUUUAUCUUUUACAAAAUCCCAGGAUUUUGCUUAAAUGAAUUUUUCUACAGUCGGUAGAAAUGUAUUGACUUUAUUGUCAUUUUAGAGAGGUUAAGGUACUAUUUUCUUUCUAAUUUUCACUGGUGGUAACCUAAGCACUCUUAAAAGUACGAAGGAAAAAAAACACAUUGAAUGCUAAUAAUAUGUAUGUACUUCCCUUUACCUUGAAAAAUGCACUAAUUCAACUUCCGUCCUGGAAAUGUUCAAAAUAAAUUGCUUAUGAAAUCCA